AUGGACCAACAGCAUGGCUACCAGCCCCAACCGGACAUGCAGUCACACCAACCCCCUCCGCCACAAGGCGAGUGGGAGAGCAGCCUCAUGGACUGCACCCCCUGCAGCUCCUGCUGCCUGAGCUUCUGCUGCCCCUGCAUCCUGAUGGGCAAGACGACGGCGCGGCUCGACGACCCGUCCCUGCGCGAUUACAGCUGCGUCAACGCCGACUGCCUCAUCAUGACGGGCGUCACCUUCCUGGGCGUCGGCUGCCUCUGGAUCACCAUCAAGCGCAUGGAGAUCCGGAAGCGUUUCGGCAUCGCCGGCUCCGGCCUCGGAGACUGCUGCAUCUCGUUCUGGUGCGGCUGCUGCGCCGUCAUCCAGCACGACAACGAGGCCCGCAGGCGCCUGGGCGAGCCUGGGAAGGAUGUUCAGUUCGCUCAGGGCUAUCAGCAGAAUCCCGGCAUGGUUAUGCCCAAGUAA